AUGGACUCCGCACCAGCAUCCUAUUACGGGCCCCUGGAUAAAUGCAACCCUGUACUAUCAGCCUUUAAAAGUGACCUAAAAGAGUUUAAAGGGCAUAUAAAGAAACUGUCAGGGUCGCCAAACUUUGACCACCGAUUAUAUUCUAGAGGGUCUAUAAAACUGUUUGAAACAUGGAACAAAUAUAAAUCUCGCCUUCCUCACGCGUAUUAUGAAGAGAACCUGUUACAAACAGCAGAUUUCCUCCUUGACAACAAGUUUUACAGACUUGCUCUCUGGCAAGGGUACAGAUUCUUUCUGCAGCAGCUUUGCACUGUAAACCUGGAAAGCAUAAAAGAUGCGGAGCAUUUCAAACAGUCCUUCUUCCCAGAUGGCUUUGAUACACAGAGGGCACAACUUACGUUCCGUGCUCUGCAGGGAGAAUACCAGUGCAUCUUCUAUUUGGAGAGAGAGAGAUGUGCACCGCCAGAUCACUGUGGGGUGCAACGGCUCUUGAGCAUCCUGGGAUUUGUGCGCAUUCUGAUGCAGGCUGUUCUGCCACAUGAAAGUCUGUGCUGGAUACUCUAUAAUGGUUCCUUACACAUGUACAACAUAUGCAGAUUGUUGAUGUCUGUGGGUCAAGCUUCACAGAUUGUAGAGUUUUUACUCUGGGCAUGCACAUGCCUAGAGACCUCUGUUCCUCUGCUGACUUCCAGCUUCCUGCCAUGGAGGGCCACACUAUACUGUGCUGUGUGUCAGUGCUAUUUUUACAAUCAGGCUUCAGUUCAGGCAGAGGUGUUUGCGCGACGAGCUCUUGGCAAGAUCAGUGAAUUAGCCAAGCUGGAGGAGAUGACUGGUGCCCAAAUGUCAUUUGAGACCCAACAAGCUUUUAAAGAGGCCACUAUAAAACUUGCAGUCAUGGUGUUUAAGCGCUCAGUGUAUGAGCCACGCAGGAAACCUAAAGGACUCUUUAGGCCCAAACAGAAGAUCAGUUUAAGAGAAUUACAACAAACUCCAUGGCCUCGCUCGCCCACUGAGCGUAUCCUGAUGGAGAUGUUUGAAGGUAAUGCUGCUCAGUUCCUGGCUGUCCUGGAAGCUCUUCAAGACAGCUCUGUCAGGCCACUGCACACUGGUAUGCCUGAAGAAUCAGAGGUCCAGGAAGUGGUGCUGGAACUCAUUUCAGCUGGCAUUAGCUUACUGUCUGGGAUUGGUGGUUCAGAACAUAUCUUUGAUGCAAGUUUACCUACCUCUGUGAAUGCAGUCACCCCUACUUCCACUCUCUUUAAGAUGGCUGUAGAUGGGAAGAGUAAGAUCUCAGUAGAUGCUGUGGUGAAGUUUGUGAAGCAGCUCUUCAGAUAUGAACAGUGGAAUUUGUUUUGCUCGCUGUCUACUGCCCUUACAUCAAUAGUAGCUAACAUGGAGGGUCGUCUGUUCAGGAAAUUCGAGCUGGAACUGAUGCUUUUGGAGGGUGUGGAGCAUGUGAUGUCCACUCAAAGAGGAAAAUGCAUCAUAAAAGACACUACUUUUGAUGAUAAAGAUAAGAAUAUCGGGCCAGCAAGCAUGACAGAAGAAUUCUUCAAUCUUAUUCAUACACUUCAUGCAUGUGUUUGCAAGGCAGACAAGGAUGUCCAGCCUGAUGCCGACUUGGUCCUGGACAUCGUGUUGUUCUUUUGGGCAAAAUGCAAAAGCGUCUUUCAAAGAGCACAGACGAGGCACUAUGACCCUGUGCGCUACCUGGGAAAGAUGGAAAACCAAGACCAGUGGUUGGAGACCCUGCUGUUGCUGUGUGAAGUGGCCCAUGUGUAUCAGCUGGCUGAAAUAGACCUCAUAUCCGUGGCUGAAAUGACUCUAAGGCUGGCUAUGGUGCUGGAAAGCAGCGCAGAUGCCCCACCACAGUUGGGCAGAAAAACAGCCACCACAGAAGACAGCAGUGAAGAGUCCACCCCUGUUGGAAAAACUGCAAGUCCAAUUUAUAUGAGGUCCAAAACAGAGCAGCUGCAGACUGCACUGGAUUUGUUGGAAUGUUGCAUAGAGUCUGUGUCUAGGAGCAGAACCAAGUCAACCUAUGGGAGCUCUGCUGUCUUUGACGAGGUAUUCAUGCAGAAGUUUGACACCAAGAGUUCCACAGGGGGCAAAGUUCCAGAAGACAACAGUACCCCUGACCUUACUGGGCUUUCCGUAGAUUUACACCUGGAGCUGCUAGUCUUCCAUCAUAGACUCUUCCUCAAGCUAUCUGACUCCUGGACAGAUGAGCUGAGUUUGAUGGAGGGUAAGAAAACUGUGACACACACAAGUCAAGCACAGGCCUCAGAAACAUACAGACCCACAGGAGAGUCCGUGUUGCUUGAAAAAAUCAAGAAGAACAAGAUCUCUAAAGUUGUUUACCUGGCACAGAAGGCCUUACUUACAUUCAGGAAGGACCAGACUAACAGAGAGACCAAGAAAAUGCUUGAGGAGGCCAUAACUUUGAUGGAGAAAGCAGAGCUGGAAGAGAGGAAACUGUUUAUGUCUCCUGCAGAAAGCAGUUCAGGAGAAAUGGAGAGGAGACAGCCUCCACCAGCCCCAGUACUCAUCUCACGCUCAAGUCACUCCAUGACCUUCACACCAGCACUGUACGGCCUGGAGAAGGAGGUUUGUUGGUACUGUAUUUAUGGAAAAGAGGCUGAGGGGGCCAAUCUGAAAGUGCGAAUUAAAGAUUGCCAACUGAGUGGCACUGGAGAUAUGGUUCCUGCCAGAGGCGAACGCUUACUUUGUGUAAGCGGUUUGGAGCCCAAUAAGAAGUACAUUUUUGCAGUGGCUGCAUUUGAUGCUCAGGGUAAAAUGAUGUGCAGCGCUGUUGGAGAGACCACCAGGCCUUUGCUGGCUUCCCUACCUCAACCACUGCUUACAACCUGGGCCCACAUAGCUCAGGUGGCUUAUCAGGUAGGACUUCUCACCCUUUCCAAGAGAGCUUGUAAAGAACUUUGGAGCCACUUUACGCUUCCAUCAAAAUCCAAUCCUGAGGAUCCGGAGCCAGAACGAGGAUCCUGUCUUGAAGGGCUGGCUCAGACAAGGCUUCGCCCGGAGACCCUAAAGCUUUCCUCUCCUGUUCUACAGCAGCUUUUUAUCUCCACCAUCUUUAUUCAGACAGAUAUCCACAUUCAGGAGGGGGCGCUAUUCUGUGACACACUUUCUGAUGGAGGGCCUUUGAUCUGGGGCCAGGAGGCCAGGCUUGCCGAGUGUGAACGGAUGUUGGUAGCCAUAGAUCUUGCUUUGCACCUCAAUGACAGCAGUGACAUUUUGCAGGCUGUAUCGAGCUGUUAUGGCCUUCUGGCUCCAUUAAUCUACAAUCAGAUCCCUUCAGAACCUGUCAUAGAGGUGCUGCUGAAGUGCUUUACUGUGCUGCUGGAGAUCAUAAGAGUGCUCAAGCAGAAAUGGGCUGCUAAUGCCCCAGAGUCCCUGCAGCACAUGGUCGCCUGUAUUACACAUUAUUUAGCCAAGAGCUUGCGUUUCACUCAUGAGAUUUGUAUGGCAUCAUCUGUGAUUGAGUUGGGAAAGAAUCUACUUCAGGAGAUUGCUGAGCCCUCACAGCAGCCCCUCAAAAAACCACCUUCAGUGGAACAGGAAAGGAAGAAGGCAGCUUCCACCUAUGAUAUGGAGCGAAGUGAACAGCUAAAGGCUUUAGAUGCCACUGUCAUAAAAAAUAUGCGAACAUUUGGAAACUAUGAUGUCACUUCCUGUAAAAAAACAGCGUCUCGUGGCCAUGAGCUCACUGGACAGGAAGACCCUGUCGUACUCUACAUGGUGAUUGAAAAUAGUCCCCUCCAGAAAGCCUUCCAAGAAGUGAUGAAGUUCAAACAGAAGUCUUGUGUUCUGGAGUUUGUUGAGCGUUUGCUCCAAAAAGCUCUACAAGAAGAUCAGCUGGAUUUAGUGCUGCAGUGGGAGCAGAAUAUCUUGAACUUGCUCAGCAGACGUGAUGAGACUCUAUCCGGGCUAAAGAAUAACACGGUUCUACCAAUGGAAGAGUUUAAAGAGUUCACAGCCUCUGUGAUAGAGUACGACAUAAAAAAACAAAAAGGUAGCACAAAGUUGCUACAGAAGAAACUACUGAUUGCUUUCAAGAGCCAAAAGUCUGAAAGAGAGGUGAAAGCUGUGGAUACUCUGCUAAAUCAACUGGCUGCUUUUAUCAGAAGGCAUCGGCACAAUUGGAAGCUGAGGGAGAUGCGCUCAAAGGAUUCACGGUGGCGUUCCCAUGUCAAUCUGAGCCUGGCCCUUGCCCACCUAGACCUGCUGAGGAAGAACCUGGGCUCACCUCCCAAGCUCUGUUUCAGUCAUCUGCCACUGUCUUUCUUCUCCCUGGCUCGAUGUGGAACACUGGUAAAGUGGAAGAAUGUUCCGCAGCACAUCAGGAAACCUGAACUGACUCUUCCACAUCCCAAAUUUGCACCCCAUCCUGAUGAGAUACACAGGCUUAAGGACUCUAAUCAGGAAGCACAAAACACCAGUGAAGUUGAGUUGAACACUGCAGACAGUGAAGGUGAAGAUGACUCCACGGUUCAGUACACCCAUAAGGCUGAAAACAGUGAGCAGUUUUCAGCUGACAGAUCUCCUGCAGAUCAAACUGCCUCCCAACUACUGGACACACUCAACAAAGCCUCUGUGUACUUCCGCAGAGCCAUGGUGUUGGCACAUCGCUUGGGUCACUGGACAACUUUACAAUGGGUGUGUCAGACUCUGUGGGACCAGUCCAGUAUCCUGGCACAGAUGGUGGAGCAAACCCAUGGAGCUGAUGCCCACAGCAGACAACUGACAAUAGAGCAGCUGUAUACUGUGAUCACUCCUCUACUGGUGCUGGCCUCAGAUCUUCUCAUGGACAUGAUGGAGAGACUGAAGCUGUGGAAUGUUUAUGAUGUGGAAGAGGAUGAGCUGGAGGCAAGUCUGUACUUUUCUGCUCCAAUGGAUGAUGGUACAGUUGUAGAUCUUCGCUGGAUCCGAACUCUGGUGCUACACACACUAGAGCUUCUGUACUACCAGGCCAAGUGGGAAAGUCUUGCCCACCUCGCUCUGCUUUAUAACACAUACACACGGGAACGUUACUCUCACAUGGUAACACCGGUUUUGGUGCAUGCACAGAGGAGGCUGUUGGACAGGAUCAGCUAUUUUGGGGGCCCUCCUUCUCCCCAACCUCACUUCACCUACACUGAGAUAAUCACUGGAGAGAAGGUCAACUGCAGGAACUAUGCAGGUAUUCAGUUGCUGUCUUCCAGAGGACAGGUUUGGACAAGUGCGUUUCAACCAGAGCCCAAUGAAUUCCCAGAUGUGAAGAGAGCUUUGUGCCUGGUGUGUGUACCAUUGGAUGUGGAGGACACACUGUGCUGUUUUAGAGAGUCUCUGGAGAAAAGACGUCACACACUGCUGACCUUCCAGCACAGUCAAACUCUACUGCGUCUCCUACUGGCUGACACACAGCACCCAUAUGUUGAGGUGCCGUUCUGUAAGGAGACCAUCACUUUUCUGCAGGGAAAAGUGGAAUUCAGCUUGACAGCUAGCACCCCUCCAGGCAUUAGCCCUCCAGACCUAUCCACUGAAGACUACAGCACUCUGGGCUCCAUCUACAGCACCACCCUACCUCCAUCACAGAUCCAGAUGGUUCUCUCCUCCUACAGCAAUUCCAUUAAAUAUCUUCAAGCAAACAAGUACAACUCCCUGCAGGUGCUAGCCCUGCAUGACCUUGGAAACCUGCAUUUUUACAAUGGAAAUCGGAAGGCUGCACACUCUUUCUGGUGUAAGGCUCUGGACUGUGCUCUGCAGAGCUCUGGAGUUCUGGAGUCUUGGGAUGGUGACUCAUGGGGCGGCUUCUCCUCUCAGGAAACCCUGCGGAAUGCUGGGAUAUGGGGCUGUCUCCAGGGAGCUUUGCUUUCUGCCAAGAUCGCACAGCACAUCUUGAUUUCCAACAUCAAACAGCGCACAAAAUACUGUCUACUCUCUGCCACACUCUUCAAGUGCCUACUGAUGGCCUCUAUGCCCCAUCCGAUGACUGACUUGGCGUAUGCCACAUAUUCUGUGGAGACAGAGCUGAUCCCAGGUGUCGACCUCUUCUCUGAGCCAGAUCGAGGAAAUCUGGGCACAACCGUUGCCAGUUUGUCUUUUCUCUGCCACUGGCUCUAUACAUCAGGUCACGUUCUCAAGGCUCUUCCAAUGCUAGCUCUCUACCUGUAUAUUGCUAGAACUGUGUGUCAUGAUACACGCCUCACUGUCACAUGCAGAAUACUGAAGGUAAAGGUCUUGACAGAGUUGGGGGACAUAACUCAGGCAGUUAAAGAGCUCAACAGUCUCACAUUUGGCAAGGAAAUUCCCCUGCCUCAUGUCUGCUACCACAAAGCAGAGAAGCCUUCUUGGACAAGGAAAACAUUCAUUCAAGGGAAGCCUCUGCUGGAUCCGUCUAACCUUCAGGUUCUUGAGGAUGUGGUCAAUAGGAGUCCAAAUGGAGAUAUUAUGAGUCUUUAUGGCUCAAGAUUGACCAGACGGCUUCUGAUGGCCAGAGUUCACCUCAUAUUGACUAUUUGUAAAACAAUACACGACUUGCCUGAGCCACUGACACCAGAGGUAUCCGAGACUGAGGAGAAAAGCUCUACUCUGAAGAGAUGUUCUAGCACUCUCUGUGUACCUGAUGCCCCCACCACUGAGGAGUCUCACUGCACCACACCCAACAAGAGCAAGAAGCCCAAGGGUCUCCAGCUACAUGCAGAGAAGGAUAAACUCACAUUAGCAAGAGUCAAGGCCAAGCUCCUUAAGGAGGCACAUGCUCUGGUUAGUCCUGAGCUCUUUCCCCUACAGCAGCUGUGCAAUAAUCCUGAAGAUCUAGAGGCGGCUGUGGAGAUCAGACUGUUGAUGUCCAAUAUCAACAUGCAGCAGGGCAGAGUGGCUGCCAGUGCAGACCUGGCAGUGUCUGCUAUGAGUCUACUCCAGAGCUCUCCUGUCUUUCAAAGUGAUUUCCAUCCACUGCCUCCUCCCAGACCACCCUCCUCUGUCCUCAGACGAUCCAGAGCCAAAUCUCUCCAGAUCAGCUCUCAGGUGGCAAAGUCUGUUGUAAGUCUCCAGACUGGAGAUGUUCCAGCAGAGGUGGAAGCCAGAGAACGCUUGGAUCCUAUCUUCUGGCUGCACUGUAGACUGGCUGUGGUUUGCUCCCUCGUAGGCCACAUCCCUGGAACCGCCAUUUAUUCUGGUGCAGACAGCAGUGUAGAGGCACUCAGGUUGCUAAAGGAGGGUUUGGCAGAGGCUGAGGCCUGGGGAGAUCCAGACACUAAAGCCCAGCUGCUCCUACAGGGUGUCCAACUUAACACAUACCGUGGCAGACCCAGAGAGGACAGUUCCUCCAUGCUACAGGAGAUUGUAAGCCUGUUGUCUGGGCGCAAUGCUCUCCCUCUGCACUCUCAAAUGGCUUUAGCUGAGGCUGCACUGCUGCUUAGUGAGCUUAGAGGAACAGGAAGCCAGACCCUCCACCUGCUCACACAGAAACUUCUGCAGCAACAGCUCUGUGCCCUUGGGGAGUCUAUAUGUUUGAAAAAAGGUGGUGAGGUGCAGCUACUAUCUGAAGGCCUGAAGAAUAUUUAUCUUCCACAGCUUCCCUUACUGGCUAAGACAACCAUGCGCAUGGGUCAGUCUUUGGCUCUGCAGGCUCUGUCGAGUUCCUUAGAUGGAGGCGAAGAGCCCUGGAGACCCUUGGUAUCUGCUCAAGAUGUUCUGCAGUCGGCUUUCAGUAUCUCUCAGUCUUCUGCCAAAAGAGACCUCCAGCUAGAGGCUGAUAUCCUCUACUGCACAGGAAAAGUAGGUCUACGGCUCAUUUCCAUGCAAAAAUCAGAUCCCCAGAAAGUCAUAGAGGCCCUAUUGGAGUGCAUUUUAUUUAACCACACUCACUGUCACAACCUACUGCUUAUACAUAGUUGCUACUUGAAAAUAGCAUUGAUCUACUUGCAAAAGUGGGAGCAGAGUGACCCGCCCCCUGCACAUCUGACUUCUCCCCCCUCACCAAAACCUGACAAAACCAGCAAGGAAACAGUUGGAGAUAUCUACCUACUGCUCUUCUGGGUUUGUUUGAGGGGAGCUUUAAAGACGUCAGAGGCUAUUGGCAAAUGUGUCUAUUUGCAUGGAUUCUCUGAAGUCACUGAAGGCUACUUGCCUCCUUCUUCAAUUAAAGCCCUGCCUGACUUUGCAUUGAAUGAUCUCUUUCACCCCUGUGGUGGGCUGGAAAACCCUGGAAAUUGUAUCCCCAGUCCUGAAACAUUAAUGGAUACUGAGUUGAAUGGCAGGAAAUGCUCUCAGCUGACCUGGACUCAUAUGUCUCGGUACUAUGUGCACUUAGUCAACCUGCUACAGGUCUCCUCACAUCCAGGAGCAGUGCAGGGUGUUGAUGGGCUGCUGUCGGUGGCCAGUGAUCCCAAACUUGCUCUCAGACUCUCACAGUUGCACACCUUCUUCAGUGGUCAUCUGCCAUCUUACAGAGAGCAGUGGGCCAUUCCUGAUCCCCCUGCUGCUCUGAUACGGGAGCCUCAGCUUGUACUGGCAUCUUUACGCCAGGACAGUGAGCCUGUGUCAGAUCUGUACCCCUGGGCCAGCAUUGACAUCCAGGAACUGUGCAUCCAGUGGUUUAGACCCACCUUAGUAGACAACAUGAUUGUGCUUGUCUUUGCUGUGAACAAUGCUCCUCUAUCAGUUUUGAGCACUAGUGCAGAGGCAGUCCUACAAGCUGGACAAAGAGCAAUUUGUUUGGACAGGCUGAAUGCUGUUCAUGCCCAGCUGAGCUCAACAUGUGUAGAGGUUGAUGGUCCUGCUUCAUCCUCCACCAGCUCAGCCUCCUCCUUCAGCCCACAGAAAGAUCAGCAGAACAGAACGGAAACGUCCACCCCUCAAAAACAGCAGAUUUUGGAGAAGGCCAAAUGUGUCUGCACUGAGAUCAGGAAUUUACUGAAGCCUGAUUUAAACACAGCACCCAUCACAGAGUUGCCCUUUGACCCAAGCUUGCAGACCCUUUGUGACCUGGAACGCUGCUUUAAUCAUGCAACAGGGAGCACACUGCAAGACAAAGCCCUCAUCACCUGGCUCCUAUCUCUUCUGAAUUAAAUACCCACAACCCUGCAUUUGCACUGGAUUUAUGAGACCUAUAAAACCCAAAAAAUGCACUUAACUCUUUAAGCGCCAUGACAUAAACAUUCAAUACAUAUAUCUUCACCAAAUAAACACUGAGGUUUUGACAGUAUGCUAUAAAACAUAUUUUGUUUUAGUUAGCAACAA